AUCCACGAGAGCCGUUUCGCCCCAUUGAUUUCGAUGGGCACAGGAUCGGGCCUCAAUUAACCAAAAAGGGCAGCUCUGUGGAACCCAGAUUGUUUCCAUUCAUCCCAUAGACACGCUUCCAGCUUCCCCCAUCCCUUAGAGCUUUGUGUAAAGCCGAAAGCACCAGCCUCUUGUCAUGACUGCAGACAAACAAAAAUAGGAAAGUUUGCUGCCCCAAAAUCAUACUAUCAACCUGAUAUUGGAAUGAGAGGACCCUUUACUUCACCAGCAGAUAAUCAUGAUGCAGGAAAAAAGAACUGUCGAUCCUUAUUCUUGUCUGGCCAUGUUGGUUUUGAUAGUUUACCAGAUCAAUUGGUUAACAAAUCUAUCCAUCAGGGAUUUUGCUUCAACAUUCUCAGUAUUGGAGAAACAGGAAUUGGAAAAUCAACUUUGAUUGAUACCUUGUUCAAUACCUCUUUUGAUGAUCAUGUGUCAACACACUUUCAGCCAAAUGUGAGGCUUAAAGCUCAGACCUAUGAGCUUCAGGAAAGCAAUGUCCGAUUGAAGCUGACAAUUGUAAAUACAGUUGGAUUUGGGGACCAGAUAAACAAAGAUGAUAGUUAUCAACCAAUUGUCGAUUAUAUUGAUGCACAAUUUGAGGCCUACCUCCAGGAAGAGCUGAAAAUUAAGCGUUCCUUAUAUAAUUAUCAUGAUACUCGCAUCCAUGUGUGCCUGUACUUCAUUUCACCCACGGGGCAUUCCCUUAAAACUCUUGAUUUGUUAACAAUGAAAAAUCUUGACAGCAAGGUGAACAUUAUUCCAGUUAUAGCCAAAGCAGAUACAAUUUCCAAAUCUGAACUGCAGAAGUUUAAGAUCAAAAUCAUGAGUGAGCUGGUCAGUAAUGGAGUUCAAAUAUACCAGUUUCCAACAGAUGAUGAGAGCAUUGCUAAAAUUAAUGCUACCAUGAAUGGACACUUGCCAUUUGCUGUAGUGGGGAGUACAGAAGAGUUAAAGAUCGGUAACAAAGUUGUAAAGGCUCGCCAGUAUCCUUGGGGCAUUGUGCAAGUGGAGAACGAGAACCACUGUGAUUUUGUGAAACUUCGGGAAAUGUUGAUUUGUACAAAUAUGGAAGAUCUCAGGGAACAGACUCAUAUGCGCCACUAUGAAUUGUAUCGGCGAUGCAAACUGGAAGAAAUGGGUUUCCGAGACACUGAUCCAGAAAACAAACCUGUUAGUCUACAGGAGACGUAUGAAGCUAAAAGACAUGAAUUUCUUGGAGAAUUAGAACGGAAACAAGAAGAAAUGAGACAAAUGUUUGUGCAAAGAGUCAAAGAGAAAGAAGCAUUGCUAAAAGAAGCAGAGCGAGAACUUCAAAUGAAGUUUGAACAUUUGAAACGACUACAUCAGGAAGAGAGAAUGAAAGUGGAAGAAAAAAGGAAGCUUCUGGAAGAUGAAAUUAUUGCAUUCAACAAGAGGAAAACAGCCUCAGACAUAUUGCAAGGGAGGCCUCUGCCUCCUACACCUACAGCUGGUUUUAAAAAAGAUAAAGAUCGGAAAAAGGAUCCAGGUUUUCGGCUUGAGCUCCUAUGCUUUGAUGUCAGAGAUCAGGAAAUUGUGAACGUAGAUGACGAGAGAGCAAAAGAGAAGUUAGAAAGGGACAGAUACCAUCACAGGGAAUACCAGCAAUAGUCUUUGGCUGUAAUCCACAAAGGUUUCAGUGUUUAGGGCUUGAUACCCCGGUUUUAUGUGAAUUGGAGAAGAAAUUGUUCACAAAUCUGAGAAGAAGAAAGAUGGAUUAAUGCCUCCUUUCUUUUUCUUAACGUGUGUUCAUUGGAAAACUGACCGCUGCAACCGCAUUAAAAUAUGUAAUCAGUUCUGCAUCCUGUACUAUAGGUUGCUGUCAAAUUAAGAAUUCACUCGAAUGGACUUAUUUUUUCAGCAGCUUGCACUUAAACUAUGUACUUUUGCCAACAGAAAUGCACAUCAGCCUUCUGUACCAAAGACCACUGUGCUAUGAACUAAGGCUCUUGUGCUUUGGAUUUGAAGCCAAAUGACAGCUUCAGAGUGCAUUGGGGCAUAAAUCUAGCACAGGUCUGCAACUUGCUUUCCUGCCAUUGCUCAAUGAGGGAGGAGAACAGCUGCUGGUUGCAAGGAGAGCUUUAAGGAAGAGCAGGGAAGUGCCACCUUCACGCCUUGCAGCUCAGAAGCUCCUUUUGCCUUAGAAUCUAAAGCACACCAAAGCCCCGAUAUAAACAACUUCCAUUUAAGAUAUGAAUACUGUAGUAUAAUAGUAUUCAUUGACUACACAUUAUAAUUGUUUUAAAGAAUUUGUGCCUUUUUUAUCUCUUAGCUAGAUAACCUUUUAAGUGCCUUUUAUUGAACUGUAUAAAAUAUGUAAACCAAUAUAUUUUAAAAUGUGCACUUUGCAAUUUUGUAAUGAUGACAAGCUUUAGAGUUAAAGUGGAUCAUGGUUGCCUUUACCAUUGCAGUAUUCAUGCAAGCGCAGACAUUACUUGAAAACCGAUACUGAAAAUUAGCUUGGUUGCAAGGGUGUCUUCUCUUUAAGCCACCUUCUCUCAUCUAUGGCUAAAUUACACAAUAUGAAGGCUGGGAACGGUCAUGUUAAAAAUUAGAUGUGAUUUUAAUAACAAUUCUGACAACUUCAUAUUCAUUUAAACAUGUCUUAAGUGUUCCUUGACACAAAGCCUUCCAUCAAUUUUAAUUCUUAUAAUUUAACAUUAAGUGAUAGAAGAAGAAGAAAAUGAAAAUAAAACUGUGGUUUUUUUUCCUGAAGUGAGCUUGAAUAGGAUUGAAUCCCAUGCCUGCUUACUUGGACAAAAGUUCUGUUCUUCAAAGAAGCAAUAACCUGAUUUUGAAGUUAUCCAUUAUUUAGGUAACCAGUAGUUCUGGUGCUUCCUGUUUACUAAUAAAUAUAGCAGUUGCUUAUGUAAUCCUCAUAAAUUUCUGCUAAUUAUUUUAUAAAAUACUUACAUGUAGUUUGACAAAUAAAGUUAUUUGGUUACACAAUUA